AUGGCGAUCACCGAUUUUGGCAAAGAAAUUUCCCUUCAUGGCACACCAUAUGUUCGGGGAGAGGCUUCGGGCAAGCUCAUUGCAAGCGACAUGGAGCUGAGCUUCUGGGGUGGUGUCAGUCCUCGAACCAGCGAAAUUAUUGACCGCCACCACCCGUUGAACGGAGAACGUCUUGAAGGGUCUAUACUGGCUAUCCCAGGUGGACGUGGCUCAUGUACCGGGAGCACAGUCAUCCUCGAGCUAAUUCUUUGCGAUAAAGCACCCAAAGCCCUGGUGUUUGAGCGGAGAGAAGACAUUUUAACUCUCGGAGUAAUCGUUGCCGAAGAGAUCUUUGGAAAAGCCAUACCCGUGGUGACACUUGACCCAAACGACUUCCGGGAACUUUUAAAGAGGAACGGUCGCCUUAUUCAUGUCGCCAAUGGUCAAGUGUCAACGAAGCCGCUCCUUAAUGCGAUGACCAAAGCCCUGCUAGGUUCUCACGAAACUGAGCCAACAGUUUCCUUAAACGACAUGAAUCUCAUAGAAUUAGACAAGGCUCUUCUUAAAGGUGCAUAUGGAGACGCUUCCCGUGCCGCAAUGAGAAUAGUGCUAAGAUUAGCAAAUAUUCUCGGGGCCACAGAGUUGAUGGAUGUGACACAAGUCCAUGUAGAUGGGUGCGGCUAUACCGGGCCAGGCUCUCUCGCCUUCGCAGAAAAUCUGCGGGAUCGUGGGGGCAAGGUUCGAGUACCAACAUCACUGAAUUCUAUCUCUAUUGACAAAAAUCUUCGCCAAGUCCAAGGUGCCAGUCAAGAGUUCAGUAUUGCAGCCGGAAAGCUAGCAGAUGCCUACAUCGAUAUGGGGGCGCGACCAACUUUUACCUGCGCACCAUACCAACUCGAUACCGCACCGAAGCUGGGAGAUCAAAUCGCCUGGGCUGAGUCUAAUGCGGUCGUUUAUGCGAAUAGUGUGCUCGGAGCUCGAACAAUGAAAUAUCCUGACUUCCUUGACAUCUCAAUUGCAUUAACUGGUCGUGCACCCAAUGGAGGACCGCAUGUUCAAAUCAACAGACUAGCCUCGAUCAUUGUGAGGGCUCCCGAGAUUGAGAAAGCGAACGUGGAUGAUUCUUUCUAUCCACUCUUGGGGUAUCAAGUAGGCAAUCUGGCAACAAGCCAGAUUCCUGUAGUGGUGGGGCUGGAAUCUUUGCGUCCGACGUUCGAUAACCUGAAAGCUUUCGGAGCAGCUUUUGCCACGGUAUCCAGUGCUCCAAUGUUUCAUAUGGUUGGAGUGACGCCUGAGGCACCAACCCUCGAGGCUGCACUGAGCAAAGGAACGGAUGUACGUUCUGUCGACGUACACCUGGGUGAUUUGAUAGAAAGUUGGGACUCACUAAAUAGUGCAUCGAACAAACAGCCAAUUGACUUGGUGUCUUUGGGAAAUCCGCACUUCUCACUAGCUGAAAUCACAAAGCUUGCCAGCCUCUGCAAAGGCCGCACCAAGGACAAAAAUGUCGCCAUUAUGGUGACAUGCGGCCGUGUGACUUAUACUUCAGCUUGCAAAACUGGCUUGACAGAUGAGUUAGAAGCAUUUGGAGUUCAGUUCAUCACCGAUACCUGUUGGUGUAUGAUCACCGAACCAACCAUUCCUGAAUCUCAAAAUGCCAUCAUAACUAACUCGGCGAAAUAUGCACAUUACGGCCCAGGUCUCACUGGAAAGAGCUUUUACUUCGGAAGUCUUGCUAGAUGUGUUGAAGCUGCGUGUGGAAGUGACUAUCUGGAAAGGAGGCCGCAGUUGUUCGACUCUAGGUUACAGUAUUUUACGAGGAAAUAG